AUGGCUGCCGGCUUGCCAUCCUGGUCAGCGUGGGCGAGGCCUCCGAGCACGCCGUCGCCUCGUCGAGGUCAUCCGUCACAGGCAGGCUUGACACCGGCCCCGACAUCCCCCUUGCGACCGGCAGAGGCUUCACGUCAGUCUCGCCGAGUGCAGGAGACUUCACUUUCGAUGGAUGCAUUCUGUGAUCGCCACUCUCGCAAGGUAUGCCAGAGCCCACCCGUUGAACGAAUAAGACGGAGGUUGUCGACAGAGAACACCAGGAGUCCAAAGACGCCGCAAAGUUCGAAAGUUCCAUGGAGGCCCUCUGGCAACCCUGCUCCGCAGAGGUCGGCAAGCUGCUCUGAAGCGCGCCGCGGCAAAGCAGCAGCUCAGGACCGAGCUUCGCGAGUGCGCAGGCCAACUUCACAGUGCAAGUAUGUGGCAGAUGCAGAUGCAGGAGAUGAGGAGACGAAGAUGAAGCUCCUCCAAGCGGAGAAUCGAAACCUGCGAGCUUUGGCAGGAAGGUUGCAGACACAGCUAGCUGCUGUGAAGGAGAGCACGCUUACGUACCAAACCGCAGCUGAAGAGCUGCAAGGGGAGUGGGAGGAUGAUGUCGAGGAGGACGUGCUGAAGCGCUUCAGGUGCGCUUUCUCUUACGAUGGGGUGGACUGGCUGGAGGGUGGAGAGGGGAAUGCAGGACCCUUGGCACAUGAGCCUGGUUGGGAUUUUUUCGUCGUCCCGGUGGCGAAAGGCCCACCUUCCUUCAUUCGAGUCCGGCGGUCUCUUCCCAUUCGGCUAGUUCGGGUGUAUGCAGAGUGGCCAAGCAGUGACUCGGCUCUGGCCACAGUCUUGCACCCGGGUGGCAUCAAGGAGGCCGAAGUGGAGCUGCCUGAGGCUGCAAUGAAGCUCCCCAGGCUGCUCGUAGCCGUUUGUCCUCCUGCGAUGGCCGUGCAGAGCUGUCCGGGUAACGAGAGCGAAGCCGGUCUCCCGAGGCCCACUGGGAGUGCCGUUACAAGCAUCAGCGCAGCGGCCGUGGCUGCCGCUGAGGCAGAGGCUCAGGCUGCGGAGCUCGAGCAGCGAGCCGCGCGAAGCCGGAGGCCAUACUAUUUGUCGAAUUAUUUACGAAAGAACGGGAGCACCUCACCGGCGUCCUCAGACUCGACAUGUUCAAGUGCCAAUCGUAUUGCCGCGAGGUCUGGCACUUCCACGCCGAGGGGACUGACGGCUGGUGAGAUCCUGGCCCAAUUAUAUGAGGAGGAGGUGCUGUCAGCCUUGGCAGCUGGUGAGAGCUGUGGUGAUGAAGGGCUGGACUCUCUGAGCGGGAUUCGGCAAAAGAAUGCUGAGAUCGAUGCCUUGAAGAGGGAGCUUGAAAAAGAACGUGAGGCACGACGAGCUGCUGAGGCCACUGCGAGACAAGCGGUUGGCACAGCAAAUGAGCUUAAGCAAGAGUGCAGCCUUCUGCAGCAGCAGUUGCGAAGUGCAGAAAGACGGACAAUGGCGCUGGAAAUGCAAGGCCGCCAGUUGAGCACGGACCUCCAACGUGCAGCAUGCCAGACGGUUGCUAAGUCGUUGGAUGAAGUGGUCUCGGAACUCGUUGCACUGGAGCUUCGCCAACUUCAUGGUCUGACUGCCGGGGAGCGUGCCGGCGCCAAGCGCAAGCUUUUGCUGCGAUGGCAUCCCGACAAAAACUCGGGGAAUGGAGGAGGCAAUGAUCUAGCAAAGCGGGUGCUGCAAGAAUUGCAGUCACACCCAGCUUGGGUUUGA